AUGAACUUCAUCAUCAUUACCUUCCUUAUCAUCCAAAACUAUGCCUUUUCAUCCUCAAGUUCAAGGAAUUCAUACCAAUACGAAAGUAAUUAUUAUUACCCAAACUCGAUGUUUUAUAAUUAACUACAUAUUGAUCAAAAUUUCAAAAGUGAAAUCAUUUCCACCGUCGCUAUAUAUUGGAGAAAAGUUAAGUGGAUUCUCUCUCAUCCUGACAUUGUUUUUACAUUAUAAAAUGAUUAAGAAGUCUUAAUAAUAGGAUUCCAUUCUGACAAUCAUCGAUAUGAUGUUACCAGAACUACUACUGCUUCAUUUUAUUCAUAAUAAUCAAGUUAUUAUAAUUCUAAAGAGUAUGUUUACCUUCGCAAGUAAUAAUUCAUCUUUAACAAUAGACCAGUAACUGUUUUAAAGGUGCUAUAAAUUGCAGAUAGAGUAGCUAUGAAACCUUACAGUUAUUUAUUCAAUAAUUGCAAAGAUAGCGCUUAUUCCUUAAUAGAUAUAUUAAAUAGGUGA